CGAUGUGCGGAGCAAUUGCAAGGUAGAACUCAAAGCUGGGAUCUUGGUAGUUUAUUGAUCAAACCUGUCCAACGUGUACUGAAAUAUCCGUUGUUAUUAAAGGAACUCUCAAGUAUUACGCCACCUGAUGACCUGGAUCAUGAAAACCUUAUUACAGCCACCAUCGAAAUUCAGAAAGUAGCUGAUCAUAUCAAUGAAAUCAAACGACGCAAGGAUAUUGUUGAAAGAAUAGUUGGCGAUAAAAAGAAAACCGAAAUGAAUGUAGUAAAAGCGCAUAGAAUCCGACAAGUGACUGGACUAGCAGCUGAAGCAACACAAGAUACCAUAUUUGAUACAUUAUACCAAAAGUUCGAAGAUCAACAAGAAUUAGCACGACAGUUGGCUCGCGAUAUUCAAACAUGGGUUCGGCAAGUCAAGGAUAAUUUUGACAAUCUUUUAGAAUUCGCCACUAGCUUGGAAGAAGUUUAUAGUUCAUUUGGUGGUGUCCGCGUACGUAGUAUGAAUCAAAUCAAGGAAUUUACAAAACUGGCUUCCAACUUUCGAAUGGUUAUCUCCCGAGAAUUGGAUACAAUGAUAUAUGCGUAUACAUAUGCAAAGAUUGAAGGAUUUUUAGCAGUAUUUGAAAAUCCUACUCAAGUGAUUAACAAACGUGGACAAAAACUGCUAGAUUAUGAUCGUGUACGUGGAAUCAAGGCAAGAGGAGAUAUACCAGAUAAGACACUUCAAGAAUCAGCUGAUAUGUAUGUUUCCAUCAACGCUCAACUUGUAGAAGAAUUACCUUUACUUUUCAACUUGACUCGACAAUAUUUUGACAUUAUCGUGGGUGAUCUAGCCAUGGUACAAACCAGGUUCUACGAAAUGACUUGUCGUGAAUGGAACAAAUUGAUGCAACAUCUACGACAAGAUCCGAACGACAAUAGGGAUAACAGCAGUUUUGAUGCCAUCAUUGCCAACUAUCAGAGAGAAAUGAACAACCAUGUACAACCUUUGAUUGAUGAUAUUAUGCCACUCAACAAAGAACAAUGGAAGAUGAUUCUUGCUAAUAGAGGAACAAUGAUGGAUUUAGGUGGUACAACAGAUGAUGAUCACUCCAAGGUAACAACACCUUCUCAAAAUGAUGAUUUUUCCAACAGUCGAUCUCAAGGUUAUAGUGAAUCUUCCAACAACAAUAAUAACAACAACAAUUUAGCAGAACCAGCAUUCGAAUGUGUUGUGAUUCAUGAUUAUUUAGAACCUAGUAUGGAAGCUCUUUCUGUGCGCAAAGGUGAUGUGAUUCAAGUUUGGGUGGAAGAUGAAGAUGAACAAGGGUUACAAGGUGCAUGGCUCUAUGCAAGUAUUUCAGUUGGUCAUUCUGAACAUUUUGGUUGGGUACCUUCUCAAUUUUGUCGAAGAUUGUAA